AUGGCUCCGAAGGUCGUCUCCGGUAAGGCCGCGAAGAAGGCUUCGAAGGUGAAGGUACCGAAGGUUGACAAGAAGAAGAAGCGAAGGAGGAAGGAGAGCUAUGCGAUCUACAUCUACAAGGUGUUGCGUCAGGUCCACCCCGACACUGGUAUCUCGUCGAAGGCGAUGUCAAUCAUGAAUUCGUUCGUGAACGACAUUUUCGAGCGUAUUGCUGCCGAGUCUAGCCGUCUUGCGCACUACAACAAGCGGUCUACGAUCACUAGCAGAGAGAUCCAGACUGCCGUUCGUCUGCUUUUGCCCGGUGAGCUUGCAAAGCAUGCGGUUUCUGAGGGGACGAAGGCAGUGACGAAGUACACGAGCACCAAGUAG